AUGGCCUCCCCCGCAUUACCGACCAACCCUCGAACCGCGACCUCAAAGUCCAAGAUCAAAAACAUCUCCAACCCACGCCGCCUCCUCGUCCUCACCCCAACAACCCAAUCCCUCACAAUAAUACCACCCCUGCUACAUUCCCUAACGGGAGUUCCAGUUCUCAACCCACCACAACAGCCAGCAGCCACCGACUCAACCCCGCCAUCCGACCAAACCACCUUCGCCGGCUAUACAUCCCACAGCCCCCUCCGACUCGAAACAAAAUACUACAACACCGAAGUACCAGUCUGGGUAGAUGAAAUUCCCUUGUUAGACACCGCCACAGCAGGCUCGCAAUGGAAAACAGACUUCCUAAGCGCAGAAGCUGAGAUCGUGCGCGAAGCCGUCGGCGCAUUGGUUGUCUGCGCACAUGCGCCUGAUAAUAGCGGUCCACCUCCCGAACAGAAUUCAGAGCAGCAGGAUGUCGCUGAGAGAGGAGAUGUGCGCGCGUUGCGGGAUAUGAUGCGCGACAUUGGAGCUGUUAAGGAACGGAUUGAUGAAGAGCGCGGUGGGGUUGGUGAUGUUCCUGGUGUGUUUAUAUUGAUUGGUGCGAGGAAGGGGGCGGCUUCGGGACCUGCUGCUAAAGAUGAUGAGUCGGGUCUUGAUGAUGAUCUUGGGGAGAUGCUGCCACUGUCUGUUGGAUGGUGGGAAGAUCAGUUCUAUGAUAUGGGAUUACUUGGAUGGGAGGUCGUUGAGUGGGAUCCUAAGGAGGGGGGUGGUAUCGAGACGAGGAAUCAAUAUGGAGAACGUGAGGGUAUGCCGAGGAUCAAGGAGGUCCUUGAGACUCAUGACUGGUCUAUGAGUGGGAGUUCUGUUCUUGACGAGGGCGACGAUGUAGACUCCGAUGAUGGUCUUGAGGAUCAGCUCUUGGGGACGUCCCGUGGGUUCGGCAACGAGGUUCAUGAGCUUGAGCGGGAGAUGUUUGGUUUGCGGAUGGCGAUUGAGCGCGGUGGAGGUGAUGGUGAUGAGGAGGAUGAUGAUAUCGGGCAUGACGAUGGGGACGAUGAACUUGAUGUUGAAACUAUGGAGGCACUGAUGAUGCGUAUGCAGGCGAUUAAAGAUAUGGGCUCUGAGCUGCCUGAAGGUGAGCGGAAACGAUUUGCUGCAAAAGCCGUACAAGAAAUCAUGCGUGAGCUAUGA